AUGCAUGAAUUGACUUCUGAUAUCAUUUUUGAAAUGCUUCAGGUUGCAAAAACAAGGUGUAGUUUUGGAUGGAGAAAUGGGAAAUGUUGUUGUAUGAUUCGAUCUAGUUAUGGUAAAAUGACAUUUGUGAUUUUAGAAGAACCAAUUAUUGAUAAAAAUAUUGUGAAUAAAAGUA